AUGGUCAAAGCUGUUGCUAUCUUAAGAGGUGAUUCUAAAGUUUCUGGUGUUGUUCAUUUUGAACAAGAAACCGAAGCUGAUCCAACUACCAUUACUUGGAAAAUUUCCGGUAAUGAUGCCAAUGCCUUACGUGGAUUCCAUGUUCAUCAAUUUGGUGACAACACUAAUGGAUGUACUUCUGCCGGACCACAUUUCAAUCCAUUGAAGAAGACCCAUGGAGCUCCAGAAGAUGAUGAAAGACAUGUUGGUGAUUUAGGUAAUGUUACUACUGAUUCUAGUGGUGUCGCUGAAGGUUCCAAACAAGAUUUAUUAAUUAAAUUAGUUGGUGAACAUUCUAUUAUUGGUAGAACUGUUGUUAUUCAUGAAGGUACUGAUGAUUAUGGUAGAGGUGGUUUUUCCGAUUCUAAGACUACUGGUCAUGCUGGUGGUAGACCAGCUUGUGGUGUUAUUGGUUUAACUGAAUAA